CCUGGCUCUGCACUUUUGAACCGCUCACACUGAUCCCACAUCUCUCACUGAUCCGCAUGCAAAGACGAUCCAUGGCGCUCCGGCCUCACAUCUGACUUAUCACUCAAGGUAAACUGUCCUUUACACGUGAGAGGAGGACGACACAGACUGCUCCAUGGCUGCUCCUGCGCUACAACAGCCCAGCUUUUUACUGGCCAAUCUAAAGGCAGACGCUACAACUAAACCUCUCCUGCAUCGCUGCCAAGAUCUGGUGAAAAUAAUCGAUGAGUAUCCUGCGAAGGAGUUACAUUUGAUCUUCCCAUGGCUGGUGGAGACGGUGUUUGGGAGCCUGGACGGCAUCAUCACAGGCUGGAACCUGAGACUGCUUCACUCCAGGAGCCCUGAAUACAACAUAGUCAUGGAGUUUUUAAACCCCAGUGGCCCAAUGAUGAAGCUGGUUUAUAAACUUCAAGCAGAGGAGUACAAAUAUGAAAUGCCAGUCAACUAUCUCCCGGGUCCCGUCAAAGCCUCCAUCCAGCAAGGAGUGCUCCCAGACUGCCCCCUUUUUCACAACAAGCUGCAGUUUCCUCUGUCCGGCCUCCUCACUCUCAACUUCAAUCCAUUUGAAUACUACAUGUUCAAUUUUGCAUACUGCCUCCUUAUGCCGAAGAUAUUUCCUCCAGGCCUCCAUACCAACACUGCAGACACGGCCUACUUUGUGCUGGUUGACAUUUACCUCAAAUAUUUUCUGCCCAGUGAAGGAAAUGUGCCUCCUUCUCCCUUUUCGGACUCCAGGGGCUCUGUCACUGCCGCAUCUCCGAGCCGCUCCUCUGCUGUGUCUCUGUCUGGUUAUGGCGUCCACAGUCCGAGUCUCCUCAAGCACCACAUUUUUCAUCAGCCCACAGUGAACGCAGAUCCAGCCGCUCAGGAAAUCUGGAGGACUGAGGCUCUGCUACAGAUGUUCGUGGAGGUUUGGCUGCAUCACUACUCUUUGGAAAUGUACCAGAAGCUCCAGUCUCCUCAGGUUAAGCUGGCCCUGCUGCAGUACCGCCUCAGUAUGUCCAGCAUGCCGUACCAAACCCACGCCCCACCAGGCUCUGGGACCCUCCACACCUACCAAGAGCCCUUCAGUCCCACAGAAGAACACGUGCUGGUGGUCCGACUCCUGGUCAAACAUCUCCACGCCUUCUCCAACAGCCUCAAGCCAGAGCAGCUGUCCUCCUCUCCUCCCACCCACUCCCACACCCACGCCAGCCCUCUGGAGGAGUUCAAAAGGGUGGUGAUGCAGCGAUUUGUUCAGCAGAAGCUCUAUCUGUUUCUCCAGCACUGCUUUGGGCACUGGCCUCUGGACGCUUCCUUCAGAGCAAUUUUGGAGACGUGGCUGAGUUAUAUCCAGCCCUGGAGAUACACAGGGGAGAAGACUACCUCUCCUCCAGACCAGAACAGGACAGUGCCAGAGAAAUGGGAGCCUUUUGUCCAGGAGAAUCUGCUGGUGUACACUAAACUUUUCCAGGUGUUUCUCAACCGGGCCUUGAGGACUGAUCUGGUCAAUGCCAAAAACGCUCUGAUGGUGUUUCGAGUGGCCAAAGUCUUCUCUCAAACCAAUCUUCCAGAGAUGAUCCAGAAAGGAGAGCAGUUAUUCCUGGAGCCCGAGCACGUCCUCCACCACCGGCAGCAUCGCGGUGGAUACCUCACUCCAGGUCAGGGAGGGAGCUUCUUGUCAUCACGGCAAAGAGUGGUAACUGACACCGUGUUCAAGGUGAAGAGCCACGUCUACUCCAUCGAGGGCCAGGACUGUCAGUACAAGCAGAUGUUUGGGACUGAACUCAGAGGAGCGAUAAUGAAGCUAAUCCAGCAGAUAGCCCAAGCCAGACAGACGGCCAAGAGAAUAUCAGACCACUCCAGUGAGAUGGCCGCCAACAACUCUUUCCUGUCCUGGUUUGGUCUGGGAGCUCCCGAUCAGAACACAGCAUUUAAUGGGACAGAGCCGGAGGAGAGCGGAGAGUGUUUGAAGAAAACUCACGACCUCCUGGACAAGGCUCUGGAGUUCCUCUGUCAGAUCUUUAAGUUGAAUCAAGGGCAGCUGACCCAGUUGAUGUCAAACCUAGGUUCUUUUGAGGAGGAUGCCAACGCCAAACAGCUCCCAGACUGCAUACAGGGAGAGAACGGACUCAUCCUGACUGAUACAGGACGAAUGCAGAUUAUAAAUGGCCUUCGGAGAUUCGACAUCCAGUAUCAGGGAGAUCCAGAACUGCAGCCCAUCAGGAGUUAUGAGAACGCAGCUCUGGUCCGGCUUUUCUACCGGCUCUCCAGCGCCAUCAAUGAAAGGUUUGGAGGCCACAUGAACGCCCUCUGCUCGCGGUCGGACUUCCUCGGACGCUUAGGACGCCACUAUCUGACCGACCCCCAAACCUUCACAAGAAUAAGGCACAGUCCAGUCACCCAGCGGACUCUGGAGCGGCCGCGACAUCCCAGACUCAGCCUACGACCGCUGGCCAGCUACAGGACACUGCUAAUGCUAAUGCUACUCUACAUGUUCGGGGCGCUGCUUUCAUUCGGACCAGUGUCUAGCACGCUGCUCAUUAUCAGCGGGGCUUUUCUCUACGGACUCUUCAUGACGUUGUUUGGGGACAAAUUAAAAACUCACUAACAUAAAUAAGGACUGCACAAUAUAAAAAUUUAGAAGUAUUUUGCUAAGUCUCUAUUUCCCUGUUAAACAUGGCUCAUAGUGUUAUUUGGACAUUUUUAUUCAAACUGGUUUAUUGCGCAAGUGUUGAUUGCUGAUGACAAAUGGAAAUUUUUUUAUACUGUAGAAAGGAAAAAAUUAGCACCCUAUGAGAAUAUUUACUAGUUCUAUGUUUAUAUUUUUGCUUUAUACAGAUAUUUUAGUGUGCUGAACAUUUGAUUCUGACAAAGCUUUGAACAUACUAUGUUUGUAAAGGGAGGCUUCAGUAUCGAUACACAGACAUAUGUCGAUUGACAUAGUAUUGUAAAAUCAAACAUGUAGGAUCCUGCUGGCAGCUUUUGCAUUUGUUUCUUUGUCCAUAUCUCUUGGUCUUAUAAAAUAACAGAUUUUUCAUGC